GUCCUCCCACUGAGAGGUGGCGCUGCUGAGCAGCUACUUCACUGCCGAAGCAUCCGGUGUGUGUGACGGAACAUCAAACUGAAAGUACUGGAGCACUGUGCCUGGGCCAAAGUAGGAUAACUUAGACCCUUUCAACUAAGGAUUGUUCCAGUGACGCGGAAAAAUGUCUCGCAGAUAUGAUUCCCGGACAACAAUAUUUUCUCCUGAAGGACGCCUGUAUCAGGUGGAGUAUGCCAUGGAAGCUAUUGGUCAUGCAGGAACAUGUCUGGGGAUUCUAGCAAAUGAUGGAGUGCUGUUAGCAGCAGAGAGACGCAACAUCCACAAGCUGCUUGACGAGGUUUUCUUCUCGGAGAAGAUUUACAAGCUCAACGAAGACAUGGCGUGCAGUGUUGCUGGGAUUACAUCAGACGCCAAUGUACUGACAAAUGAACUGCGGCUAAUUGCACAGAGAUAUUUACUGCAGUACCAGGAGCCAAUACCCUGCGAGCAGUUGGUUACAGCCCUGUGUGACAUCAAGCAAGCUUACACACAGUUUGGAGGAAAGAGGCCAUUUGGAGUUUCUCUGCUGUACAUGGGCUGGGACAAACACUACGGUUUCCAGCUGUACCAGAGUGACCCCAGUGGCAACUAUGGAGGCUGGAAGGCAACCUGCAUUGGCAACAACAGCGCUGCUGCAGUGUCCAUGUUGAAGCAAGACUACAAAGAGGGAGAGAUGGCUCUGUCCUCUGCUCUGGCUCUGGCCAUCAAAGUCCUCAACAAAACAAUGGAUGUCAGCAAGCUCUCAGCAGAGAAAGUGGAGAUUGCCACCUUGACACGGGAAGACGGGAAAACAAAAAUCAAGGUGCUUAAACAGAAAGAAGUAGAGGAGCUCAUCAAGCGGCAUGAGGCCGAGGAGGCCAAGGCUGAAAAGGACAAAAAGGAGAAGGAGCAGAAGGAGAAGGACAAAUGAGCUAAAUCAUUAUUUUUCCCCCCCGUGUCACAAAAUCCUGUAUUGUUUUGUCUUUUACAUUAAAAGUUUGGAAACUGA